AUGAUCGGAGAUUUACCAUGCCCAUAUAGAGUUGUAGAUGAUAUAGGAGGAGCAUAUGCAAUGGGUUGUGUAGCUGGAUGUGUUAUAUAUUUCUUAAAAGGAAUGUAUUAUGCACCUUCUUCAGAACGUUUUAGUUAAGGAUUUGAUUUAUUAAGAAAAAGAGCACCUAUAUUAGGAGGUUUAAAUUAAAAAAAUAAAUAAAAUACUCAUACUAAAAAAUAUUAAAAAGGAAACUUCGCUAUUUGGGGAGGAUUAUAUACAAGUACAGAAUGUAUUUUAAUAUAUAUUAGAUAAGUUGAAGAUUUUUGGAAUAGAAUCGCAGGAGGAUUUAUUACAGGAGCAACAUUAGCUAUUAGAGGUGGUUAUAAAACUUCUUUAUAAUAAGGAAUUUUCGGAGGGCUUUUUUUGGGAAGUUUUUCUCUAGUUGAAAUCGCAAUGAUGAAAAUGUAAAAAAAAUAAGAAUAAGAACAUUGGUAAUAAAUGUAUGAAGAAUAGAUUAAAAUUUAAACUGAACAUUUAAAAUAAACUAGACCAGGCAUAUAUUUUAUUUAUUUAAUUUAAUAUUUUUUUAUUUUUAUUUUUAGAUAUUUAUGCUGA